AUGGAGCCAACAAUCGGUUAUUAUUUACCAUGUAAAAAAUAUUAUAAAUUACAUUUUGAACAAUUUUUAAUUUUAUGUAAAAGAGCUCAAAUAAAAACGAUUGAAAUUAAUGAUGACUAUUUUAAUUCAAUUCAUUCACAAUCGCCACCAAAUAUUAUUGUUCAUAAAUUAACCGAUAUUCUAUGUCGUGAAGUAUUAAAUGAUGAUAAAAUGGCACAUCAAUUUUUAGAAAAAUUUCGACAAAUGAAAGGUCGUACAAUUAUGAUUGAUAAUUUAGAAUCAAUAUCACAAUUAUUAAAUCGACAUGUACAAUAUUCAUUACUUAAAGAAAUUCAAACAAUUUAUGUUCCACCAUUUAUUAGUAUUACAGAUGAAUUUACAGCUAAUGAUUGUCAAAAAAUUCAACAAUUAUUAACAAAUAAUAAUAUACAAUAUCCAAUUAUUUGUAAACCAAUUCAAGCACAUGGUUCUGAAUCUCAUAAUAUGAAAAUUAUUUUUGAUUCAUCUCAUUUAAUUGAUAUUCAAUAUCCAUGUAUUCUUCAACAAUUUAUUAAUCAUGAUGGAAUAUUAUUUAAAAUAUUUUUAGUUGGUAUUAAUGAUGAUAAUUUUUAUAUUGUUAAACGUAGUUCAAUUCGAAAUUUUACUAUAACACAAUCAUUAGAAACAAUUUCAUUUCAUUCAAGUGAAGUAUCAAGUACACAAGCAUGUUCAAAUUUAAAUAAUGGUGAAGAUAUUAUUGUUGAUGGUAUUACUAUUGAUAAUGAACGUAUUAAAGAAUUAGUAAGAUUAAUUAAAAAAAAAUUUGAAUUAAAUUUACUUGGUAUUGAUGUUAUUAUUAAUUGUCAAACACAACAAUAUGCUGUUAUUGAUGUUAAUUAUUUUCCUGGUUAUGAAGGUAUGAAAGAUUUUAAUCAACAAUUAUUUAAUUUAUGUGAAAAUAUUUUAAAUGAACAAUCAUUACAAUUAAAAUCACAUUUAAAUAAAACAAUAUUUAAAAAUAAUUCUGUAUCAUUAAUGAAAAUUCAAUCAUCAAAAAUUAUUUAUUAA